AUGCUCAGCCAACUCUCUCGAGCUUCGCGCGCUCGCUCCGUCGUCGCUGCUGUCGCCCGCCGAAAUGUCCCCGUCCAGCAAAUGAGGGGCUUCAUUGCCCCUACCGUCUCCCGGAGAGCCGACUUCGUCCAGGAGCUCUACCUCAAGGAGCUCAAGGCUUACAAGCCCGCCCCCCUCAAGGACACCGACUCCGUCGGCCAGGUCCAGACCUUCAGCGCCCCCGCCACCCCUCAGUCCCCCGAGGAGGCCGACCUCGCCGGCAGCCUCCAGGAGUACGAGCAAUUGGCCGUCGAGAUCGAGGGCCAGGACGUCUCCGCCACCGGUGAAGCCGCUGCUCUCCCCGACUGGCUCGAGACCGAGGAGGAGGCGGAAGCCAGCCACUAA